AUGUUCCAUAAUUUCACAUCCAGAGUGAAAAGUGUUAGACGUCCUAAUAAUAAAGCUACAUCUGAUUUAGAGAAUAGAGCAGGAUCACCACGGCUUCCUCCAUCUGGGCUGGAGACAAGUGAUGAAGAAGAUGAUUACCUGCCGUUGGAAGGGUUGGGUGUGAAUGUUGGUACAAGUGAAAAGCUGGUACUUUAUGGGACUUCAAUACGGCUGUUCAAACCUACCAGCCCCUUCAGACUUAAAUUAGCCUCAAUACUGCUGAAAACAUGGCCAUAUCAUGUCAUAAGGGCAUUGAUUGUCCUUCAAACUGCAUUGCUGUCAUAUCGUCAAUGGAAUCCAUAUAGCUUACAUGGUUAUGUUAAAUUUGGUGCAACAUGGGGGGAUUGGCUGAUAGCCUUUAUAAAUUUGGUUUAUACUGCUGAGCUAGCAUCAAAGAUUAUUGCAUUUGGGUUUUGGGAUGAUUCGGAAAUGUUUCGAGCGUUGGAUAAAGACUAUUCAACCAUCACUGAAAUACUGAGAAUUGAUCAGAUGAAAGAUUUUAUAUUCGGUGUCCAUAAAGAAGAACCUACGGAGCUGGACUUGAAGCCUUCUUUAAAGCAUACGGUUACUUUCAAAAACAAUAUUUCAAAACAUAUUCCAAUCCAGAGGGCAUUUGCAAGAAGUAGUUGGAAUAGGCUAGAUUUCAUUUCAACAGUUUUCUUCUGGGUGGAUUUUUUUUUCAGCAUAAACAGGUUCAAUGCAUUAAGAGGUGUUCCAAUUUUUAGAGCUUUAUCAUGUCUCAGGAUUUUAAGAUUAGUGGAUGUUACUGAUAGAAUUUCAUUGAUUUUGAAAAGUAUCAAAAAUGGUGCCCCACAAUUACUUGAUGUCAUUUUGUUUUUACUUUAUUUUUGGGUUUUAUUUGCAAUUAUUGGUGUUCAAAGUUUCAAAUCAUCAAUGAGAAGAACUUGUGUUUGGACUGACCCUAACGACCCUUCCAAUAUGUACAAAAAUAAAAAACAAUAUUGUGGUGGUUAUUUGGAGCCGGGCACUUUGAAGAAGAUGCCAUAUAUUGAUAUUCAUGGCCAACCAGGUGAUAGAGCUAAAGGGUUCCUGUGCCCAGUGAAUUCUAAAUGUUUAACUACUUCAAAUCCACAUGGCGGUACUGUGAGUUUUGAUAAUAUUCUUUACUCCAUGGAAAUGGUGUUUGUUGUUAUGAGUGCCAAUACAUUUACAGAUAUCAUGUAUAUUGUCAUGAAUACUGAUACCAUGGCAGCCUCGCUUUUCUUCAUUUUUGGUAUAUUUUUCCUAUUCCUAUGGAUGAUCAAUCUUCUUAUUGCUGUUAUCAGUGCUUCAUUCAAGGCCACUCGUGAUAAGGAGGACAAGAGCUUUGAUGGGGACAAAAACAUGACAGAUUUCAAAUUGGAUUGGGAUUUCCCAAGAUCGAUGUUUUCUAAAAUCUAUUUGAAGAUCAGAUGGAUUUUUGAGGUUGCUAUAAUGGUUGGGUUAAUUUUGCAGGCUAGAACGACCAAGUACAGUACACAAAGUGACCUUGAUGAAACUUACAAAGGGGAAUGUGGAGUUACGCUGGUACUAUUGUUUGAAAUCAUCCUCAGGUUUUUCUUAUAUCAUCCAGGAUAUAAACUGUUUUUUAAAGACAGAAGAAAUUGUGCUGAUUUGUUUCUUGCUGUUGUCACCUCAAUUAUUAUCAUUCCACCAGUACAUGAUGGACUAGGGCGUGGAUACGAUUGGCUGAGAGUUUUCCAGAUUAUACGAUUCUAUAGGGUGGUUUUGUUAUUCAAGUUUGCCAGAAAAUUGUGGGCGCAGGUCUGGAGCACAAUCACAAUCAUUUUAAAUCUUGCUUUAUUCUUCUUUUUGCUUUUGUUCUUAUCAAGUAUUAUCGUGUCAAGAUAUUUUGAAGGGUUUGUGCCUGAAGACGAUGUUGAAAAUAAUACAUUUUCUUUGCAAAAUUUACCAAACACAUUUGUGGCUCUAUACACUAUCACUUCAACUGAAAAUUGGACAGAUGUGUUGUAUGAAAUGCAGGAAAAUUCACCAAACACCCCCACUGCUACAUUUGGUGCUAUUUUGCUAAUCGGGUGGUUCUUGUUAUCUAAUUCUGUGGUUUUGAACAUUUUCGUUGCAAUUAUUGCGGAUAGUUUAGAAGUUUCUGAGAAAGAGAAGAGAAAGGCACAAGUUAGAAAGUUUGUUUUAGUUGAUUUUCCAAAAAAUGUGAAACAUUUUGCUGAAAAGACAUUCCUAUCUGAAUUUAAAUCGAAAUUUUUCAAGAGUGGUAAAGAUUCGGAAAAUCAAGAGCAAGUCAUGAAUCUUUUGUUGAAUGGUGUUGCUAUUCAAGAAUUCUUGAAAGAUGAGCUAGUAGAUGAACAAGAAGAUGGUAAAGUUAAUGAGCUACCGAAUUCUAAGUUUGCACGCUUCCUCACAAUCAACUACCACAGAUUGCUUCAAUUCACAUGGAUCAGGAAAAUAUUCAGCUCAUUGUUAUGGAAUUCAAAGUCGGGUGAAAAUCCAUUUUACUCCAGAAAGGAAGAAUUAUUGCAAACAAAUGGUAACUACGCCCUUCUCCCAAAAUAUUUUGAACUAGAGACAAACAAAACAAUAGAAGCUAGAAAAAAGUUUUUGAAAGAAAAUCCUGGUUUCAAUACAGCAUUCUAUAUUUUAACCCCCAAUCAACCUUUGAGAAAAUUGUGCCAGAGAAUAACUUCGCCAAGUGUCGGGAAACGUUAUGAUGGUGUUGAGCCUAAUCGAUACCUGCAUGCUAUUUUUGUUGGAAUAAUAGCAAUUAGUACAAUGGCAUUGGUCGUCAUAGCCUGUUACAGUACACCACUAUACCGGAAGAAAUCUAAAUUUGAUGCGAAUAUGUGGAAUUGGACUUUUGAGUUUGAAUUAGCUUUUGCUCUCUUAUUUUUACUGGAAUUUUUGAUUAAAGUUAUUGCCGAUGGUCUUAUUUUCACUCCUAAUGCCUAUUUUCAAAGUUCAUGGAACCAUAUUGAUUUUUUUGUUCUUCUUUCACUAUGGAUUAAUGUUAUUGCUAUUUGGAAAGGUGAUGAUGGCCUUUCAAGAGUUGUUCGAGGAUUGAAAGCACUAAGAGCAUUGAGAUUACUUACCAUCAGUACCACAUCUAAGGAAAUCUUUCAUAAAGUUCUGAUUCUUGGUGUCUGGCAAAUUUUGAGUGCUGCUUUCCUUUCUUUCACUUUGUUAUUUCCUUUUGCCAUAUGGGGUCUAAAUUUAUUCACCGGAAGAUUGGGUGUUUGUAAUGAUUCUAACCUAGGCUAUGAUGACUGUUAUAAUGAGUUUUCAAAUGAAGUAUUCAAUUGGGAAAUAACUAUGCCUAGAUCCUUUGGUGAUCCUCAGCUGGAAAUGAAUAGGUUUGCCUCAUCAAUUUUAACUCUUUAUGAAAUCUUGUCCUUAGAAGGUUGGGUUGAUUUACUACAAAAUGCUGUUAAUAGUACAGGUAGAGGGACACCGGCAGGCUAUUGGAGCUCCCCUGGAGAUGCUGUAUUUAUCGUUGCCUUCAACUUCUUGGGUAUAGUUUUCGUGUUGGCUUUGUUCGUUUCUGUUAUCAUCAGUAAUUACUCCAAAACUACAGGAAGGGCUUAUAUGACUUUGCAACAACGGUCCUGGACAGAGGUUAAGAAGUUAUUGUCACAAAACCAUCCAAGAAAAAGACCAAGAAUUGGGAAUCUCAGAGGUUUCAGAAAACUAUGUUUCGAAUACACCGUGGAAAGAAAUUCCUAUGUUAGUGUUUUCCUUCAAGUCGUUUUAUGGAUUCAUAUAUUGGCCAUUUUGCUUGAAAUGUUUCCAAGUCCACCUGCCCUAGAUGUCUUCAGAUAUACAAUCUAUAUCAUAUCAUCUUCCAUUUUUUUGAAUUAUAUUCUUAUGAAAUUAUAUGCCAUGGGUUUCAAGACGUUUUUUAAAGUUAAAUGGAAUAUCUAUCAACUCUUUGUUUUCCUUGGUGCUUUCGGUACUUCUUUGGUGUCAUUCUUUGUUUCCAGAAACACAGUGUUUGCUAAUAUUAACAAGCUUUUUUUGGUUGGAAUUUUCACUACAUUGAUUCCAUCCAGUAACAGGUUAAGUCAUUUGUUGAAAAUUGGUUCAGCAAGUAUCCCGUCACUGUUAUCGUUGAUUUAUACUUGGGGUAUUUUGUUUUUGGUUUUUGCUAUUGCUCUGAACCAAAUUUUUGGUUUAACAAAGCUUGGUCCAGAUACUAGUGUUAAUCUGAAUUUACGUACUGUGACAAAAUCUCUUCUUUUGUUGUUUCGUGCAAGUUUUGGUGAAGGUUGGAAUUACACAAUGCGUGAUUUUGCGAUCUCUGAACCGUAUUGCUCACAAGGUGAUGGGUUCAGCUCAACAGACUGUGGAAGUAAACAAUAUGCUUACAUCUUGUUCAUUAUGUGGAAUAUACUUUCAAUGUAUAUCUUUGUCAAUAUGUUCAUUUCGUUGAUUUUUGAAAAUUUCAGUUAUGUUUACAGUGAUAAUGGUUCAAAUGUUACCUUGAAUAGAGAAGAAAUCAGAAACUUCAAAACAGUUUGGCAAAGAUUUGAUCCCCAUGGUAGUGGGUUUAUUGCGCCAGAAGAGCUUCCGAAGCUUUUAAGAUCUCUUGAUGGGUAUUUUUCGUUCAAAAUUUAUGAAGGAAAAUGGACUAUACCUGAGUUAAAGAAAAAAUGGUUUGAGGUGCCUGAUAACUCAACAGAUCCUUAUGAUGUUUUUGUUAAUUUCGCCGAAGUUAAUAAAACUUUGGGUCAGAUGGAUGCCAAUAAAGUUAAGCAAAGAGCUAGGGCUUAUGAUAGGUUUGUUGAGGAAGCAAUGCUGAAUAUGGAACUCAAUGAUGAAAAGGGUAUCUCUUUUGAAAGAAUCAUUUUACAGAUUCCAUUAUAUUCCAGGUUCGAAGAAAGUAAUUGUUUGACGCUAAGUGAUUUUAUGGAUCGUCUUCUAGUUUCUAGAAAAGUUGAUAAAAGACUACAAUCCAGAAGACAUUUGGCUGCACUGGAAAUGAUUACAUAUCGCUGGAGAUUCAAG